UGACCCAGACAGUAGGCGGGAAGAGCCCCGCCCUUAGACGUGACGCGAUCAUGACGUCGGGAGGCCCGGCUGCCAGCGGCAGGUACUGCACGGGACGCCAUGUUGUGAGAGGAAGUGAAGAGCAGAGUGUGCGGCUAGCGUGUGGGGAGAGGAGCUGCGCUGGAGCGGCACGCAUUCGCCAGCUAUUGGACGACAGACAGCAGCAGCGGCUCCACCAGCAGAGCGGCCGGGCAGACGAGGGAGUUCGCUCUUUUCGCUGCUCCUCCGGGACCUGUGCGGGAAUCCGCUCGCUCGGCGGGGAAGAUGCCGCUGGCGCAACUGGCGGACCCGUGGCAGAAACUGCCGGUGAAGAAAGUGGAGAGCGAGAAUGGACAGCAGUUUGUGGAAGAAUCCAUGUGUGAAGACGAUAGUGAGACAAACGAUGAAGCACAUAUAAAUGAGAUUGCAAUCACGCACCAUGUAAAGGAGGGACAUGAGAAGGCUGACCCAUCACAGUUUGAGCUGCUCAAGGUACUCGGACAGGGCUCAUUUGGAAAGGUCUUUCUGGUGCGAAAAAUCUCAGAAGCCGAUGCUGGCCAACUAUAUGCAAUGAAAGUAUUAAAGAAAGCCACACUUAAAGUUCGAGAUCGUGUUAGAACAAAGAUGGAGCGUGAUAUUUUGGUGGAAGUUAAUCAUCCGUUUAUUGUCAAAUUGCACUAUGCUUUCCAAACAGAAGGCAAAUUAUACCUUAUUCUGGAUUUUCUCAGGGGUGGAGAUUUGUUUACACGUUUAUCCAAAGAGGUAAUGUUCACUGAAGAGGAUGUGAAAUACUACCUGGCAGAAUUGGCACUUGCAUUAGAUCAUCUUCAUACACUUGGUAUUAUAUAUCGAGACCUUAAGCCAGAAAAUAUAUUGCUUGAUGAAGAAGGACACAUAAAGUUAACAGACUUUGGGCUCAGCAAGGAGUCUAUUGAUCAUGAGAAAAAAGCAUAUUCCUUCUGCGGCACAGUGGAGUACAUGGCUCCAGAGGUUGUCAACAGAAGGGGCCACACACAGAGUGCUGACUGGUGGUCUUUUGGGGUUCUCAUGUUUGAAAUGCUUACUGGUACCUUACCCUUUCAAGGAAAGGACCGAAAGGAAACCAUGACAAUGAUUUUGAAAGCAAAACUUGGCAUGCCACAGUUUCUUACUUCAGAGGCCCAGUCCCUACUGCGUAUGCUGUUCAAGAGAAACCCAACCAACAGAUUAGGAGCUGGCCCUGAUGGUGUUGAAGAAAUUAAGAGGCAUCCUUUCUUUGCAACAAUUGACUGGAAUAAAUUGUACCGAAGAGAAAUUCAGCCUCCAUUUAAACCAGCAACAGGUGGUCCUGAAGACACAUUUUAUUUUGACCCCGAGUUCACGGCAAAAACACCCAAAGACUCUCCUGGCAUCCCAGCUAGUGCCAAUGCACAUCAGCUCUUCCGUGGAUUUAGCUUUGUGGCAAUUUCCUCAGAGGAAGAAAACCAGGCCAUACAGACUGUUGGUGUUCAUGGCAUUGUUCCGCUUCACAGAAACAGCAUCCAGUUCACUGACGGUUAUGACCUAAAAGAAGACAUCGGGGUGGGAUCAUACUCUAUUUGUAAAAGGUGUAUCCACAAGGCUACAAAUAUGGAAUAUGCAGUAAAGAUCAUUGAUAAGGGCAAAAGAGAUCCAACUGAGGAAAUUGAAAUCCUUCUGCGCUACGGACAGCAUCCUAAUAUCAUCACGUUAAAAGAUGUGUAUGACGACGGGAAGUAUGUGUAUCUAGUAACCGAACUUAUGAAAGGAGGGGAACUUUUAGACAAAAUACUACGACAGAAGUUUUUCUCGGAGCGGGAAGCGAGCGCUGUAUUGCACACGAUAACCAAAACUGCGGAAUACCUCCAUUCACAAUGGGUUGUACACAGGGACUUGAAACCCAGCAAUAUUCUUUAUGUGGAUGAGUCUGGAAAUCCCGAGUCUAUUCGGAUCUGCGACUUUGGCUUUGCUAAACAACUCAGGGCAGAAAAUGGAUUGCUUAUGACUCCGUGUUACACUGCAAAUUUCGUUGCUCCAGAGGUAUUAAAGCGUCAAGGUUAUGAUGCUGCAUGCGAUAUCUGGAGCUUGGGUGUUCUCCUCUAUACCAUGCUAACCGGAUAUACACCUUUUGCAAAUGGACCAGAUGAUACUCCGGAAGAAAUACUGGCACGGAUAGGCAGUGGAAAGUUUUCUCUAAGUGGUGGUUACUGGAAUUCAGUCUCCGAUAUAGCCAAGGACUUGGUAUCCAAGAUGCUUCAUGUGGAUCCACAUCAGAGAUUAACAGCUGCCCAGGUGCUAAAGCACCCUUGGAUUGUACACUGUGACCAGUUGCCUCAGUUCCAGCUCAACCGACAGGAUGCACCUCAUCUAGUAAAGGGAGCCAUGGCAGCUACAUACUCUGCUUUGAACCUCAAUCCCAUGUCUCCAGUGCUGGAACCUGUUGGUCGUUCGACUCUCGCUCAAAGAAGAGGCGUAAAGAAGAUUACCUCGACUGCCCUCUGAACAUAAACUCAACUGACUCCAGAGUGCUAGAGCUGAAGAUCUACAGCACAAAACGGAGCCAACAGAGAAGAUAGCACAUAUCAAAAAAAAAAGACACUCCUGCAAGCACAUGCUCACUGCCCAGCCGGGCUCUACAUCAAUGCUGCUGCUUUAUGUCUGUUCUCUUACAUUGUUGAUGUCAACCCUUCUACCUUACUGACUCUGUUGACCAGGCUGUAAAAUUACAAAUGUAAAACUGGUCCUCCAACAGUGGAGCAAUAAGACUGUCAUAGUCCCCCCUUUCCUCUCCUCAAUAGCAUGAACAAUAUACUGAAACCAUGUCGGCAAUUAUUUUUAUAGGGAGCCUUUAUCCCCUCAACUCAGUGGCUUGUAAAUUCAGUCUUGGAGCACUUAAAUAAUUUCAGCGCUGAGUUCCUUAAGUCUGUUUUUGUGCCAUGAAAACCACUGAGGUCUUUCCAUGGCACUCAACUGCCAGUCUCCUUGGCAUUUUCAUUUAGAGUUGCUGCCUAUGUCCCUUUUUGUACUCCGAUUCCUUUUUUCUCCCUCUUUAUUUUGUACUUUAAUGCAGUUGUUCACAUGCCUUGUCUUUGCUGUCAAGUGAGUUCAGUGUGUUCUGGUAAAGUGACUUUACUAGAAUAGUGCCACCAUUUAUUUCAGCUUGAAUGUAAGGUGGUUCAGCUUUGUUGUAUAAGUGUAAGCCUGUGAAGCCAUAAGACUGAUUGGUGAUGGAACUGAUAUAAAACUCCAUGAGAAAACUUGUUUCAUGUUGUAGUAACUGACACGGUCGCCAU